GAAAUUGGAAGACGAAAUUCUAAUCGGGUUCGGAAUUCCGUCAGCGCGGGAAAGAAUGACGGUAGCCAGUCAAAAUUAUGUCUUAUUUAUUACGCGUUGAAUUACCAUGCUCAAGCUGUGUAAUGCCAAACAUAUAUGAUAAGCAUGCCGUAUGAUCUUCAUACAAUAUAUGAGUCGAUUACAUGAGUCUGAAGGCAAGCCAGUAUGAAUCAAAGAAUGUAUAUAGUUACCUCAAAGGACAUAAGUGCAGAUAUGUUUGAAGCCUUGUUUUAUGAACUAUGACGUCAUCAAAUCUACAGACUCGUUUACAGAAAAGUUUAGGCUGCAGCCGCCAGUUUCUUUUAUCUGGACUUGAAGAGGGAGAGAAAAGGGAGCUUUCAGAAAAGAUUGUUGGACUUGGGGCAGUGUAUGUGCAGUCAGAGACUUAUAAACCGGCAUGCACUCAUCUAAUAUGCGGCAGACUGUCUCGUAGCGAAAAGUUCCUGUGUGCCUGUGCUCAGGGAAGGUGGGUUCUUCAUCCAAACUACAUCAACGACUCGGCAAAGGAAGGAAAAUGGUUGCCAGAGGAAAACUAUGAGUGGGUGAAUUUUUCUGAUGGUGAAACACGAGAAAUGGGGGAAACAGCAAGGAGGUGGAGAUUUCAUGUGGAGGCUUUCUUGACCCUCCCUUUCUCUGGAUGGAAGGUUGCGGUGAUUGUCCGAGGAUCAAGGAAAAGCUCCAUAUAUACAAGAUUACUUUCAUGUGGUGGUGCAGAAGUUUACAAGUUAACGUUGCCAGUGGGGAACAAGAGUCGGGUCGCUAACCUAUUGACCUAUGUAUUUGUGGGAGAGCGUAAUGUCUCAGAAGCUCAACACCUGAUUGAGUUUGGCAUAAUGUGCCUACGCCCAGAGUUCAUCGGUGACUACAUCUUAAAGGACCCGCCUCCGGACCCUUUGGAUUUCCUUGUCAGACAGGACAUGACCAGUAGUCCCAAGGUCAACCGCCCUGUGGACAUUGAUGACAGCAUCAUAGACAUCCAGUUCAGCCAGUCAACUUCUGUAGGGUCUGCCAGUAGUUCUCCCCGGAAGUUCAUCACCAUCACCCCCAGGGGAUCUCCCCUUGAGAGCUCCCAGACCAAUAGUCUAACUGACACUUCCAGGGGAUCUCCCCUUGUGAACUCACAGACCAUGAGCCUCACCCCUCGGGGAUCUCCUGGUUUGAGAUCUCAGACAAAGAGCCUAACUGUGUCUCCAGCAAAGAAAGAGGAUGCAACUUGUCCUGUAUCUGAGCCUGGGUCCACACUUGGGAAAAAUAAAGGCAAGAAAAGAAAAAGGAUGGCAGACCUGGAUCAGGCAGUGCAGCAGAUAAAGAGGAGCAAGAUCAUACCUAGAGGAGAUUUAUGGCAACCCUCAGAAUUCACAGGGAUGCCCGAAGACAGUUAUCAAGAAGAAGAAAUAUCAACCCCAUUCCCAAAACACUUGGAGGGAAUUAUCCUGGCCUUUUUUGAGGAGGAUGGAGGCGAUCCCCGGUUUUUCCUGUCGGGGUUGGAUCUGGUGAUGUCAAGUACCUCAGACAGACAGUUUCCGACAACUCGCAUCAUCAGAGGCAUCCGAGACAGAUUAUUCCAGGUCCAGACAGUGGGGAAUGAGAUGAUCCAGUACCGCUGCUGCAAUGUCCUAAUGAAGAUUUUCAAUCUGCAUCCACCAAUCAGAUCGUCUGUCACUGAGCUGUACCUGUCCAUGUACAAGGAUUUGGAUGAAGGCAGCCAGAGCACUGUUAUAGGGUCUUUAGUUGAGAGGCUUAAUGAGGCAGACAGCACCACCAUUCCUGAGAGCCACAUUCUACUCCUGCGGUGUGUGGUAGCAGCCCUAGAAGUUAACCUCCAAUACUUCUUGAACAGGAUAGAGACUGGGGACAUGAAUGUCAGAAAAUUAAGGGGGUGUUUGUUCUCUCAGAUGGUGUGGCCAGGCAACACUAUCCUGUCUGUUAAUUCCCACUGUAAGGAGAUUCUGGAACUCUUCCAUCUGAGUAUCGCUGAAGAUACGGACAGUUCAUCAAAGAGAGAGUUGGUGAGACUGAGUACGAGUCUUGUGUGUAUGGCUGUUCUGAUGUCUCAUUACAUGGAAUCAGGUCACAGGGUAGGCCUCUUGGAACCAAUCAAUGCCAGCAUUACAGCCUCCGCCUUAUUACACGAAGUCGUGCGGCACGUCCCAAAUUUAGUAAGCAACCAUUUGUUGAGGAUGGUUCUAAGAAGUCUCACUCCUCCCUGGAUCGCGGUGCAGUUCUGUUGUCUGCUUCUUAGGAAUCUGGACGAUUACUUACUCCUACAGGAUCUGCCAACAAAGGAUGUAACAUUAAAGGAAAUAGUUACCAAAUAUUUCUUUUUGUUGCCCAAGAUUGAGAGCAGGCAGAGUAGUUUUCAUCAGAGUUCACACCCUAAAAGAAGUGUUUUGAGGUCAAAUGAAGACAACAGGACCAGGGGCAAGAGAGUUUUACAGGACAAGCACAAGGAACAACCCAAUCAUGUGUCUGUCGUAAAAGAGGUCAACAAGAGAAAUAACAAAGGUGAAACUCCAUUACAAGUGGCAUGCAUAAAGAACAACACAAAGAAAGUGAGACAGCUGCUCAAAGUACCAGGCGUGGAUGUAAACACCUGUGACAAUGCUGGAUGGAGUCCUCUACACGAAGCAUGUAACCUGGGGCAUCUAGAAAUUGUGAGAGAAUUGCUGAAUUUUAUUCCUGCCAAAACUAUGGAUCAUUUCCUGGGUCAAGGAGGUGAUAAGAAACCUAAGAAGGUGAAUUUGCUGGUGGCCACAGAGGACCAGAUUACGCCCCUACAUGAUGCUGUGAUGAAUAAUCGGCUGGAGAUCGCUAAACUUCUUCUACAACAUGGAGGCCCUGCAUUGUUGGAAUGUAGGACAACCACAAACCAGACACCGUUAGACCUGGCCGUUACCAGCCAGAUGAAGGAACUGCUGCUUUCCUUCACAGAGAAGCCCCCCUCACAGUCCUGUUCUCAGGGUAGUACCUGCAGCGACAGCCCAUCAGAUUUAGCCCCCAGUGAUUACCUGUAUGACCAGGUGCUUGGUCAGGAGGAUCGGGGAUUUGCAGACCCUGAGGAGUGUGCUAAAUACAUAUCUAUUGUGACCACCCUGCUUCAGGCCUAUCUUAAAGUGAUGGACUACAACCGUGUACAAGCUUUAAUGGAGGGACAGUCAGACUCGUGUGUGAGAGAUGUUCAAGUCGAUCAACACAAUGAAAAACUUGUCGUACAGAAUGUAAGAGAGGACUCCUCUAACAAGUGUCAAGGCAGCUUCUUAAACGGUCACAACCUUGUGUCGGGAGAGCCCAGGGUCAGCGUUCCAGGGGUCAGCGUUCCAGGGGUGUCCCGGUACCAGCAGGACUAUAGGACGGCGUGUAAGCUGUCGGUGUAUGUACAGAGGUUUGUGGACCACAUUCAGAGAAUCACGCGCACACAGGACUUCCAGGUGCUCAAAUUCGACUUGGUUUUGCUUCAGCAAAUGUCCAUGAUGUGUGGAAAUACUCUUAAAUGAUGAAGGCUUGUUUUAAUAGAUUUUAAGUAGGUGAUAUAGACUUUCGUUAAAGUUUGUUGAUCAAGUAGAUUAUUUAGCUGUAUCUGUUAUAGGCAACGAGUGUUGUAGUUUCCUAUUUGAUGUUUUCAGUCCUGUAUUUUGGGGGGUUUAAUGAAGGCUGACAAUCUGUUAUACACCUUGUGCUGUAUGUACAUAUUUUAACCAACAAUAAAGACCAUGAAGAUA